UGGUCUUUGACUAUUGACACAGUCCACAAUGGAGGAAGCUAAUGUUAAUACAACACAGUCUAUGCAGGAAGAUGUUUCUAAAACUAGACAAGUAUCCGUGGAAGAAUAUGACAAAAAAUGUAUUUUUUGCAGGAUUGUCAACAAUGAGAUGGGCACGGAACUUCUGCACUUUGAUGAAGAGAUCUCAUGUUUCCGAGACAUCAAACCUGGAGCUCCGCACCAUUACCUGGUAGUGCCUACUAAACAUGUUGGCAACUGUAAAUCACUGGGCAAAGACCAUGUGCCUUUAGUGAAACGCAUGGUGGAGCUUGGCAAGGAGAUCCUGCAGAAGAACAAUGUGACGGCUCUCAGUGACGUCAGGUUCGGUUUCCAUUGGCCCCCAUUCUGUUCGGUCACACAUCUACAUCUUCAUGUUCUGGCGCCUGCCAGCCAGAUGGGCUUCAUGUCUCGCCUAAUCUACAGACUAAAUUCUUAUUGGUUUAUUACAGCAGAGCAACUGAUAGAGCUUCUCAACUCCAAGGAGGAAACCAAAUGAUGACAUGCCCUGAAUUUUGCAUCUAUGAGGUGACUCUGAUGUGUGGUUCCUUUCUACGUGUUGGAUGAUAACAGAUUUAGUCAGUUUAAAUGAUGUCAAAUAAUAAUACACUAUUUAUUUCCUCCCCCAACAAACACUAUCACACUUGAAGUUGGGUGCUAACUUGGUAUUAAGUUGAAUUUAAGACCGGUGUCAUAUAGUGUAAUCAAACUGUUGUUCAUUAAUGAAAGUACUGUUCCACUAAGGAAAAUGCCUUAAUUAAUGUGACAUCAGACCUUACCGUGACAUGCAGUAACAUACACACACGUGCACAAUGACUACUUUCAGUAAUGUGACAUCGUUACUGCUGGGUAUUUAGUAACAUUGGAAACGAGAGCUGAAGCAUCAAGUGGCAUCUGCAUGAACUAUUUACAAGCUUGCUUUUAAGUGAAAACAACUAAGUAAUCCUGAUGCUGGAAGUUAAGUAUGCCAAAGGAACCCUGCAAGUAUUAGUCUAGCUUUUUAAUAAUAUGUAUGUGAAAUUUGAUUUCCUUUUCUGUCUCUAAGUCAGUGAUUGGUUGUGUUAUGUCAAUGGGAUGUAAGGACAGGGAAUCAUACCCUUUGAUCUGUAUCGAUGUAUGCACUUUAAGAAACAUUCAUAUGGCAUUUUAGUAUCAUGAUUAAAUAUUAAACACAC